AGGUGAGUCGCCAGAGCCAGAGGGAGCAGCAUGGUGAAGAUGUCGGUCCGCCCGCAGCCGCUCUUGUCACCAGUAGUAAUGUUGCUCAUUGAGGUGGAAGUCAUUGUGUAGUUCAUGGGGGCGGCUGUGUAGUUCAUGGGGGCGGCUGUGUUUUUUUGAGCCUGGACCACCUGGAACAGACAACCAUGUUUAACGCUCAUGGAGAAAUCUCCUUUUCCACUCCAGUCCACAUGGGGGCGGUAAUGCGCCUAUAAGCUGAUUUACCAACCACCAAUAAACUGCGAGAGAAGAAGAAGAAGAAGAAGAUUGUCCCUUAUGCGUUUCCGUAGUUGUCCGCCCCUUAAUACCUUCCGGAGAGAAACAACACUGUAAGGAGGGCGGAAUAUAGCAGCGCACUGCUCUCUGUCCUAACUUUAGACUGAAAUAGUUUAAAGUAUUUGAACCUUCCUUCGGACACACAGCUCCCCCGCCUCUCCAUGCUCUUGUCCCGGGUUUCGGUCGUCGGUCGGACACUAGCGAGAUGCGGCCGGAGGUCACACCGGGGAGGCGGCCUCCUCCUCCACCGAGCUCUCUCCUUCAGCUCCAGCCGCUGUCACGGUGUCAGUCCGGGGGAAGGCAGCGCUCAGCCCGCAGAGGGGACCACCGCCCCGGGACUGUACCGGGACUCUGUCCUCCUCCCCCGGAGUGAUUUCCCCGUGAAGCUGAGUGGACAGAAGCUGCUGGACAGAGAGCUCCAGAUACAGAAGGAGUGUGGUUUUGCAGAGUUGUACUCCUGGCAGAGAGAAAGGAAGGCCAAGAAGGAGUUCUGUCUUCAUGACGGACCUCCUUAUGCUAAUGGAGACCCUCAUGUAGGACAUGCACUCAACAAGAUCCUGAAGGAUAUCCGUAACCGCUUUGAGAUCCUGAGGGGGCGGCAGGUCCACUACAUCCCAGGCUGGGACUGCCACGGUCUGCCCAUCGAGUUGAAAGCUCUCGGGGAGUUGGGAACGGGCAGCCUCACUCCGCUGCAGAUCAGGCAGAAAGCGCGGGCGUUUGCAGAGGGCGCCAUAGCUCGACAGAAGAGUGCUUUCCAGCGCUGGGGGGUCGUGGCAGACUGGGACCAGUGCUACUACACCUUUGACGGGGCUUAUGAAGCCGCUCAGCUGAAAGUCUUCCAGGAGAUGCACAGCAAGGGACUGAUCUACCAGGACUACAAGCCCGUCUUCUGGUCUCCUUCAUCGAGGACGGCUCUAGCAGAAGCAGAGUUGGAGUACAACCCUGAGCACGUGAGCAGAGCCAUCUACGCCACAUUCCCCCUGAGCACGCUGCCGCCACAGAUAGCCUCAGAAGCAGCUGGUCUGGAAAAUGUCUCUGUGUUAGUCUGGACCACACAACCAUGGACCAUUCCUGCUAAUCAGGCGGUCUGCUUCAUGCCUAACGCACAGUACUCUCUGGUGAAGCGGGCGGACGACUCUCAACUGCUCUUAGUGGCCACUGAGCGCACAGCCAGCGUGGCGGUACUGCUGGGGACAGAGCUGGAGAGUGUCGGCACCUUCACAGGCUCCCAGCUCGAGGGAGGGAUUUGCAAACAUCCCACAAUUCCCGACAAGGAAGUGCCGCUGCUGCCGGCCAAUCAUGUGACCAUGGGGAAAGGAACGGGAUUGGUCCACACAGCACCGGCUCACGGCAUGGACGACUACAGCGUGGCUUCACAGUUCAAACUGUCUGUGGAGUGCAUGGUAGACGAGGACGGGAAGUUCACGGAGCAGGCCGGCCCGGAGCUGCAGAGUCUGUCCGUGAUGACAGAAGGAACAGAUAAAGUGAUCACGAUGCUGCAGGAGUGUGGAGCUCUGGUGAAGGAGGAGGAGUGUGUCCACAGUUACCCGUACGACUGGAGGACCAAACAGCCGGUCGUCAUCAGGCCCAGCAAACAGUGGUUCAUCAACACGGCAACGCUUAAAGACAAGGCCAAGGAAGCCUUGCAGAAGGUGCGUGUCUUACCUGAGUCAGCACGCGGCAGCCUGCUCGCCAUGUUGGACAGACGGACUUACUGGUGCAUCUCCAGACAGAGAAGCUGGGGCGUCCCGAUCCCAGUCUUCUACCACAGAGAGACCGGAGAGGCUCUCAUGAACAAGCACACUGUGUCUCAUAUCGCAGAGCUCUUCAAAGAAAAGGGAAGUGACGGUUGGUGGGAGCUUCCCAUUGAGACUCUGCUGCCGGCUGACGUGCUGAAAAAGAGUAAAGCCGGCCCGGUGACUGACUAUGUGUGUGGAGAAGAUGUUUUAGACAUCUGGUUUGACAGCGGAGCGUCGUGGGCGGCUGUACUAGAGGAGUCAGACUCACGGGCAGACGCGUACGUUGAAGGGAAGGACCAGAUCGGAGGCUGGUUUCAGUCAUCGCUGCUCACGAGUGUCGCCGUCAGGAACAAGGCUCCGUACAAGUCACUGGUGGUUCAUGGCUUUGCUGUCAGCGAGAAAGGAGAGAAGAUGUCGAAGUCUGUGGGAAACGUUGUUGACCCUGAUGAAGUCAUUAACGGAGGGAAGGACUCCGGUGUUCCGGCGUACGGUGCAGACGUUCUGCGUUGGUGGGUUGCUGAGUCCAACGUCUUCUCUGAGGUUCAGAUCGGACCCUCUGCGCUCAAUUCAGCCAAAGACAGCAUCAACAAGCUGAGGAACACGCUGAAGUUCCUCCUCGGGAACCUGCAGGGCUUCGACCCUCGAGUUCAGGCGGUGGACCCCAAAGAGAUGCACUACAUCGAUCAGUACAUGCUGCACCUGCUGCGAGAGUUCAGCAUCAAGGUGACGGACGCCUACAGUGAGUUUGACGCAGGCAGGGUGAUCCGUGUCCUCCAAGCCUUCAUGUCCAGAGACCUGUCCAGCUUUUACUUCAGCAUCAUCAAAGACCGACUGUACUGUGAUCCAGAAGACUCUCUGGGCAGGAGAUCAUGUCAGACUGUUCUAGAGGAAGCUCUGGAUGGACUCACUCGGUCCGUCGCUCCCAUCCUGCCUCAUCUAGCUGAAGAGGUCUACCUGCACGCGCCGGGACACGACGAAGGGGAGACGUUAUUCAAGAGCGGCUGGGUCAAAAGCAGCUCUGUGUGGCGGCGACCGGGAUUGGAGGAGGCGGUGGAAGGGGCGUGCGCCAUCCGAGACUCCUUCCUGUCUUCUAUCCCGGGCAAAAACGCCGCUCAGUACGACCUCACCAUCGCCAUCGAGCCUGGACUGCUGUUUGAGCUCAUGGAGUCUCUCCAGGAGGAGCCGUCCUCCACAUCCUCUCAGCUGGUUGAGCUGAUGAUGGUGGCGAGGGUCAACCUGACCAGCAAGCUGCCCAGAGACCUGCCCCACGACGCUGUGCUGAGUCACGGCACCUUCCUCAUCAACCUGGAGGGUGGCGUUAUCCGUGAGGACAGUCCCUACAGCAUCGCAGUGGUUCCCACCUCUGCAGCCCGGUGCCCUCGCUGCAGACGCCACACAGCCAACUCAACUGACUGCCUGUGCCCUCGCUGCCAGACCAUCGUCUCCCAGGCUCAGUGACCAACGACAGAGGACGCUGUCACGACUGCAACCAGCAAACACACCUGGGCCUGAGUUCUGACCAAUCCUUGCCUCCAUGAGCUGAGUGAUGUUUCCUCUCUGCACUUUUCUCUCUAUUCGGCUCCUGCUGCGUCGGAAGAGAAUGGCCCUAAUAGCAUAAACUGAUCCUGUAUGUGCUUCAGACUUCACCGCUCUUCUGCAACACUAUCAAACACUUUGCUUGAACGGCGGGUGUGAACUGUAAAACCAAAAUGUCAAAGACGUGCAGGUUAAACAUUAGAAUCUGACGCUGCAUGAGUUCGUUUGUUUACCGUGUACUCGGGAAGUCAUGCAGGAGGCUUUUUGUUGGAAGUUUACUCUGAUGAGUGUCACUGUGUGACAACAGUAGAGAAUCGGGUUGAGGGUUCUUUCUUUGUAAAAUAAAUCCUGUUCCUCGUUAUAACUUUACCUGACAAUUGAUGAUGUAUGAAAAGUAUGUAUCUAAAUUAUAAAUAAAGUUUUAUCUCUGAGUUUAUUUUGAGUCUCAA